CCGGUGCUGAAAACACUGACGGAGUCCAUCAGCACGGACACCAUCUAUGCCAUGUCAGCUCUCAUGCUCCUCGGUCACCUCAUCUUCUUCGACUACGGCGCCAAUGCCGCCAUCGUCUCCAGCACGCUGUCCCUCAACAUGGCCAUCUUUGCCUCGGUGUGCUUGGCCUCCCGCCUGCCUCGCUCCCUCCAUGCUUUUGUCAUGGUCACCUUCGCCAUGCAGAUCUUUGCGCUCUGGCCAAUGCUGCAGAAGAAACUGAAAGCCCAGACACCCCGAUGCUACGUGGGGGUGACGGUGCUGUUUGCGCUGGCAGCGCUCGCCAUCUCCUGCCUCUGCCCUUACUGCCUCAUCCGCUUUCAGCUGACCAAGGACAACAUCUACGGGCCGUGGGACGAGGCUGAAAUCAAGGAGGACCUCUCCAGGUUCCUCAUGUAG